AUGCGAACGUUUUGGGGUAGGAAGGGAAAACCGUUCACUUUGCCAUGUACACUACCCACUCCAGACGAUACGAACUUCUCGCUUGAAUGGCGGAAGGACAACAAGUUGAUUAUGAGUGCUUAUGGAGCAGAUUCAGGGCAUGCCGCCCCAUCACUUCAAGUAUACAACACAUUAAAAAAUUCUGAGUACACAAUUCUUGGAAUACCCGCGUUAAGGAAAAGAGCUACAUUCAGAACUAUCAUCUGA